UCUCAUUUUAAAGUCAGUCUGUUUACGUAUGUCAAUGGUAGCGAGUUGAGAAUAUAAUUAAUUUAAAUUAAAUUAAAAAUAUAAACGUAUAAAGUGUGAGUGCGUAACGAUUUACGGAUUUUUUUGACAGAUACAUUAAUCAACAUGGGACCGAGCCACUAUAUCCUGGUAUCAGCGUUGCUGGCAAUAUCUGCCGGCCAGAGGUCACCGUACGCUGGUCGUCGCCCCAUAGGUUUUCCUGUAAUAGAAACCACGACUUUAGUGACCGCCGCCGCCCCAGCCGCCCAAAAUGAUACUUUAGGAAACAGAUUUGGCGAAAACUCAACCGUAACCACAACCACACAACGCCUUCCAGUUGAAGCUCUGGGUGAUAGAGACCUGAUCAACCGACUUGGACAACUACCUCAAGAUAAACAGCCCUUCUGGUAUCUCAACUGGCAGGCUUUAGAGGCGAAUCGGAACCAACCACAGUCCUACCCUCUUAGACCAAACAGCUUUGUGGACAGUAUUUCUUUCCCGACCAAUGAUGGGGCAACUCAAAUUACUCAGCAACCUUUCCAGAAUAACCAACCAUUGCAGAAUAACCAAGGUUUUCCAAAUGCACAACAACCACUGCAGAACAAUCAAGCAUUUUUAAAUACUCAGCAGCCUGUCCAGAAUAAUCAAGGUUUUCCAAACACUCAACAACCACUUCAGAACAGUCAAGGAUUUUUAAAUAAUCAGCGCCCAUUUCAGAAUAAUCAAGGAUUUGUAAAUAAUGAUCAACAAAGAUUUAAAAGCGGUGACGUACCGGAAUACAGUGAUGAACUUGAUUCUGAAACGUUUUAGACUUUGUGAACAAUAUGAUCUCUUUAAUUAUUUUAUUAAUAAUAAUUGUUUCUAGUUGCUACAGUCAUAGUAAUAUUUAUGACUACUCGUAGAUACUAUAUAUUUUGUGUACCUAGUGAACUUAAAUUGAAGUUAAGUUUUCAUAAUAAAAAAAAUUACCUCAUUAUUUU